CAUGGCGGAGGCGGCGGCCGCUCCCGCUCCCGCUGCGACGCGGAGCCCCCGGCGCUGAGCCCCGGCGGCCGGACCUGCCGUGCCCCUCUCCGCCCCUCCGCUCGCCAUGGCCGAGCCGCCGGCCGCGGGCGGCUCCUCGCUGCCUCGCGAGGUCCGUGAGCAGCUGGCCGAGCUGGAGCUGGAGCUCUCGGAAGGGGACAUCACACAAAAGGGGUAUGAGAAGAAGAGAGCAAAACUUCUGGCUCCCUAUGUUCCACAAGCCCAAGGAGUGGAUCCAGCGUUACAGAAGGAAUCCAGAACUCAGAUGCCGGUUCCAUCUGCGACUCCAAGCUCAGCACAACCAUCUUCAUCAUCAUCAUCCUCCUCCUCCUCGUCCAAAUUUCACCGAGCUCGCUCCGGGGGAGCCAGAGAUGAGCGUUACCGAUCUGAUAUCCACACAGAGGCAGUUCAAGCAGCUCUGGCAAAGCACAAGGAGCAGAAGAUGGCCCUGCCCAUGCCAACAAAAAGGCGGUCCACGUUUGUUCAGUCUCCAGCUGAUGCCUGCACUCCCCCAGACACGUCUUCUGCAUCCGAGGACGAGGGGUCGCUAAGGCGCCAAGCUGCUCUUUCUGCUGCAUUGCAUCAGAGCUUACAGAAUGCUGAGUCUUGGAUCAACCGAUCUAUUCAGGGGUCAUCCACAUCCUCAUCAGCAUCUUCUACACUUUCCCAUGGAGAAGGCAAAGGGACCAGUGGGUCACUAGCUGAUGUAUUUGCCAAUGCUCGAAUAGAGAGUUUCUCAGUCCCCCCAGAUGUCACAGCAACUACCUCCUCUUCCUCAGCACGCCCAGCAGCCAUCGACCUCCCUCCCUCCGGCAUCGUCAAGGGCAUGCACAAGGGAUCCAACCGCUCGAGUCUCAUGGAUACUGCUGAUGGUGUUCCUGUGAGCAGUCGAGUCUCCACAAAAAUUCAGCAGUUACUCAACACCUUGAAAAGACCCAAAAGGCCUCCCCUGAAGGAGUUCUUUGUAGAUGAUUUUGAAGAAAUUGUGGAAGUUCCACAGCCUGACCCAAAUCAGCCCAAGCCAGAGGGACGUCAGAUGACACCCGUGAAGGGAGAACCCCUGGGAGUUGUUUGUAACUGGCCUCCUGCCUUAGAAGCAGCACUGCAGCGCUGGGGAAUCACACAAGCUAAAUGCCCCUGUCUGACAGCACUGGAUGUUACAGGAAAACCAGUUUAUACCCUCACAUAUGGCAAGUUGUGGAGCAGAAGUCUCAAGCUGGCCUACACACUGCUUAAUAAACUGGGCACCAAAAAUGAACCUGUGUUAAAACCUGGAGACAGGGUAGCCCUGGUGUAUCCCAACAAUGACCCAGUCAUGUUUAUGGUGGCAUUUUACGGCUGUCUCCUAGCAGAAGUCAUACCAGUGCCUAUAGAGGUACCUCUUACCAGAAAGGAUGCUGGUGGCCAGCAGAUUGGGUUUCUGCUCGGAAGCUGUGGGGUUGCUUUGGCCCUCACCACUGAAGUCUGUCUGAAAGGGCUUCCAAAAACCCAGAAUGGAGAAAUUGUGCAGUUUAAAGGUUGGCCCAGACUCAAAUGGGUUGUGACAGAUUCAAAAUAUCUCUCCAAAUCUCCUAAGGAUUGGCAGCCCAACAUCUCAGCUGCAGGAACUGAGCCAGCAUAUAUCGAGUACAAGACGAGCAAGGAGGGCAGCGUCAUGGGCGUGACGGUGUCGCGGGCUGCCAUGCUGUCUCACUGUCAGGCCUUGUCUCAGGCCUGCAACUAUUCUGAAGGUGAAACGAUUGUGAACGUUUUGGAUUUCAAGAAGGACGCAGGGCUGUGGCAUGGCAUCCUGACGAAUGUGAUGAACAAGCUGCACACUAUCAGUGUGCCCUACUCUGUGAUGAAAACCUGCCCACUCUCCUGGGUGCAGAGAGUUCACACCCACAAAGCAAAGGUUGCUUUGGUCAAGUGUCGAGACUUGCACUGGGCCAUGAUGGCCCAUCGAGACCAAAGAGACGUCAGUCUGAGCUCUCUGCGCAUGCUGAUUGUAACUGAUGGUGCAAACCCUUGGUCUGUUUCCUCGUGUGAUGCCUUCCUGAGCUUGUUUCAGAGCCAUGGGCUUAAGCCAGAGGCAAUCUGCCCGUGUGCCACGUCUCCAGAAGCGAUGACCAUUGCCAUACGGAGGCCUGGUGUCCCUGGGGCUCCUCUGCCUGGAAGAGCCAUCCUGUCCAUGAAUGGGCUGAGCUUUGGGGUCAUCCGUGUCAACACUGAAGACAAAAACUCUGCUCUCACCGUUCAGGAUGUUGGCCACGUGAUGCCAGGAGGAAUGAUGUGUAUAGUGAAACCUGAUGGACCACCCCAGCUCUGCAAAACAGACGAGAUCGGUGAGAUCUGCGUUAGCUCCAGAGCAGGAGGAAUGAUGUAUUAUGGGCUGGCAGGGGUGACAAAGAACACAUUUGAGGUUAUCCCCGUGAGCUCAGCUGGCGCUCCGGUGGGCGAUGUGCCCUUCGUCCGUUCUGGCUUGCUGGGGUUUGUUGGACCUGGCAGUUUGGUGUUUGUGGUGGGGAAGAUGGAUGGGUUGCUGACUGUCAGCGGCCGCCGGCACAACGCCGAUGACAUCGUGGCGACUGGACUGGCAGUGGAGUCAAUAAAAACAGUUUACAGGGGAAGGAUUGCUGUGUUCUCAGUGUCUGUGUUCUAUGAUGAGAGGAUUGUGGUGGUUGCAGAGCAGAGGCCAGAUGCAUCUGAAGAGGACAGUUUUCAGUGGAUGAGCAGAGUGCUGCAGGCAAUUGACAGCAUUCACCAAGUGGGAGUCUAUUGCCUUGCUCUUGUGCCAGCCAAUACCUUGCCAAAAACUCCCUUGGGAGGGAUCCACAUCUCCCAAACCAAGCAGCACUUUCUGGAGGGCUCUCUGCAUCCGUGCAACAUCCUCAUGUGCCCACACACGUGUGUGACCAACUUGCCAAAGCCCAGGCAGAAACAGCCAGGCGUUGGCCCUGCCUCUGUGAUGGUGGGGAACCUGGUUGCUGGGAAGCGCAUUGCUCAAGCCUCUGGAAGAGAUCUUGGUCAAAUAGAAGACAAUGAUUUAGUUAAAAAGCACCAGUUCCUGACAGAGGUUUUGCAGUGGAGAGCUCAAGCCACUCCUGACCAUCCCCUCUUCCUGUUGCUGAAUGCCAAGGGAACCACUGUGUGCACAGCCACCUGCCUUCAGUUGCACAAAAAGGCUGAGAGAAUUGCAUCAGUCCUGUGUGACAAAGGACACCUCAAUGCAGGAGACAAUGUGGUGCUUCUUUAUCCUCCUGGCAUUGAGCUGAUCACUGCAUUCUAUGGCUGUCUGUACGCUGGCUGCAUCCCUGUGACCGUGAGACCGCCCCAUGCUCAGAGCCUCGCGGCCACUCUGCCCACCGUGCGGAUGAUCGUGGAAGUCAGCAAAGCUGCCUGCAUUCUCACAACCCAGACCUUAAUGAGACUACUGAAAUCCAGAGAAGCAGCUGCUGCUGUAGAUGUGAAAACCUGGCCAACCAUCAUCGACACAGAUGACUUGCCCAGGAAGAGGCUGGCUCAGAUCUAUAAGCCACCCACAGCUGAGAUGUUGGCAUAUCUAGAUUUCAGUGUUUCCACAACAGGCAUGCUGACAGGAGUAAAGAUGUCCCACGCCGCAGUGAGCGGCCUUUGCAGGGCGAUCAAGCUUCAGUGUGAGCUCUAUUCCUCUCGGCAGAUUGCCAUUUGUCUUGACCCCUACUGUGGACUGGGUUUUGUGCUCUGGUGCCUUUGCAGUGUGUAUUCUGGACACCAGUCAAUUUUAAUUCCUCCUAUGGAGCUGGAAUCCAACCUUUUUCUCUGGUUAUCUACUGUCAGCCAGUAUAAAAUAAGGGACACUUUCUGUUCCUAUUCAGUCAUGGAACUGUGCACAAAGGGACUUGGAAACCAAGUUGAAAUGUUAAAGGCACGAGGAAUUAACCUGUCCUGUGUCCGGACUUGUGUGGUGGUUGCAGAGGAACGGCCACGGGUUUCUCUCACUCAUUCCUUCUCCAAACUCUUCAAAGACAUUGGGCUGUCCUCUCGUGCUGUGAGCACAACCUUUGGCUCCAGGGUCAACGUUGCCAUCUGCCUGCAGGGAACGUCUGGGCCCGACCCCACCACGGUGUAUGUAGAUCUGAAAUCCUUGAGGCAUGACAGAGUACGUCUGGUGGAAAGGGGAGCUCCACAGAGUCUGCUACUUUCAGAGUCUGGGAAGAUUUUACCUGGAGUCAAAGUAGUCAUUGUGAAUCCUGAGACAAAAGGGCCUCUUGGAGAUUCUCAUCUUGGGGAGAUCUGGGUUAACAGUCCACACACUGCCAGUGGUUACUACACCAUCUAUGACAACGAGACCCUUCAGGCUGAUCAUUUCAACACUCGGCUGAGCUUUGGUGACGCUGCUCAGACGCUUUGGGCUCGGACUGGCUACUUGGGCUUCGUCCGUCGCACCGAGCUCACGGCCGCCAGCGGAGAGCGUCACGACGCCCUGUACGUUGUUGGAGCCCUGGAUGAGACGCUGGAGCUGAGGGGGCUGCGUUACCAUCCCAUUGACAUCGAGACGUCCGUGUCCCGCACGCACAGGAGCAUCGCUGAGUGUGCUGUGUUCACAUGGACCAACUUGCUGGUGGUGGUCGUGGAGCUGUGUGGCUGCGAACAGGAAGCCUUGGAUUUAGUUCCUCUGGUUACCAACGUGGUCCUGGAAGAACAUUAUCUAAUUGUGGGGGUGGUGGUGGUGGUGGAUCCUGGAGUUAUUCCCAUCAACUCCAGAGGAGAGAAGCAACGGAUGCACCUCCGUGACAGCUUCCUGGCGGAUCAGCUGGACCCCAUCUACGUGGCCUAUAACAUGUAACACACGUGGGCUCGGCGGGGAAGGCUCCAAAACUCUGCCAGGACGUUGCUCAGUGACACAGGGGUGGCUCUAGCAGUGAAGCUGGUGCAGAUUACUAAUACUUGAGACAAAGUCUGAGGUCUCUGCCACGUCCCUUUCGUCUCAGCCUGUGGCAUUCAGUGGAGUUUAAGCACUGACAGCCAGCAGCAGAUGUGGCAGGCGAUGGAGAACGUGGGUGACAGUUCCCUGAGACCUUAUCUUCAUAGACAAAUGCAAAGUGUGUGAGCUACAAAAUGCCUAAAGGCCUUUAGUGUUCCUUCUUUCCAUCUGUUGUACAUACUUGGGGUUGUUUUUUUAACCUGAUGCUGGUUUGGGGUUCUCUAAGGGGAGGGUUUUAUUUAGUUAAGAUAAUAAACUAUUAAGAAAAGGGUCAUCAGAGUUCUGCAGUUCCCUGCUCCAUCAUGGACUUUGCAUCUGUACUGUAGCUGCUCAUGCCAUGGCCUCACACAGCUUGUUUCAGAUCGUGCCAUGACCAAAUCAAUACGUUCUGGAGUCUGAGAGUUACUCAUUCCUAGAGAUAUUCCUUGAAUUUCAGAAGGAUUUUGCCUAUAUUUUAAAUAUGUAAAUAUAAUUAUACAUAAUUCACUUAGAUAGAAGAUUAACUUGGGUAACAAUGACAGCUGAAGGUAGAAAUUGGACAAGUAACUUUGGUGGUCCCUUAGCAUUUGCUUUGACAACUGAUGUGAGACACACACACCUUCCCCAGGUUUCUUUGUUUCAGGGUGUAGCCUCCUGCUGCUGGCCAGGAACGUGCCACAGCACGUAGAAACCUCCCCUGGCAAGGCACAUCCUUGUUAGGAGAGGCUGAAUUUGAAGCAGGGCCGUGGGAUUUGGUAGAAAUGGCAGGGCAAGUCCAAAAAGGCUCGAGUGAAACGAUGCCCCUGAGCGUGACAGCCUCUGCCCACCUCCCUGGCACAACCCUGCAGGUGACACACAGCUCAGUUCAUUGCUCCUGCAGUUCUGUUGUGACUCCAGCCAGUUCCCUCUUGUAGAGCAGGAAAUGCUGUAAACAGGCUGGGGCUGGGAGGCAAGGGCCCAGUUGUCCUCGAAGCAUCAGGAAUUGGAUUGUUCUGGGGUUUAAGUCAAGUGCAAACUUUCUUUUACAGGAGGAGGCAUUCAAAGUGAAGCAGAGCAGUUGUGGGAAGCACAGCAUGAACUGACUGUGUGCCCAGCAGUGUCCCAGCCUGGAUGUCAGUUGUCACAUGAGUUAAAGGAACAGAAGCCUUAAGGGCAGAGGUGUGAACUGUUAGGGAGCAAUUGCACGCUGGGGCUGAGGGAGAGAUGGUGCUUAAGCUUUGACUCAGAAUUACCCUUCUUUCAUCUGAUACUUGGGUAUGUUUUAGGAACAAUGACAUUCCUGUGAGUUAAGGAAGCAGGGUUUCAGCAGCAAUGAGAGCUGACAGCAGAUACUGUAAUGGGGAGGGGGGGGGGUUGAGUCAAAUGUGGUAUACAGUGUAAAUAAACUUGUUAAUAUGUUCCAGAUUACCUCAUGCAAAGUUUUUAGGCAGUUUUUAAGAGGUUUAUAGUAUGAACUCUCGUGGCAGUUCCCAGAGCAGAACCCAGGGCAUCUGUAAGCAAACCCCAGCUUUGUCCUUGCCCUGAUGUCAGUUCUUGGCCUGAGGGCAGGAGCAUCAGCACGUGGGUGAGACCUUCAGAGUGUUAGAAACACGUGGUGGGGGAAUAGAUUUAGAAACUGGAAGCUGUUCUGGCCAGUCUGGAUGUAGGAGUUCCUCACCAACGCUUCAGCUCACAGGUGCAGACUCUUUUCCUGCAGCAGCACCACAGCCCCAGAGGGGCCGUGUCCGUGGCCCUGUGCUGCUGCCUGGCUCUGCUGGCUUGGCUGGAGCAGUAAGGACACUGGGGGUUUUUUUUUGCUGGGUGGCCUGAAAUACCUGUGGCAUGAAGCCUUUAAUAGAUUUAGUUUCAACAACUUGGCCACCAAGCCAGGCAAAGGACAGCUGUAGCUGUGCCCAAGGCAGCGGGUGCCUCCAGCCCCCCUUAGUCUGGUGCUACCUGUGAAGCAUCCCUUCACCUUUCAGUUUCUUGCCCAGCAGCAGUGCCCAGGUCAGGAGAUAUUCUGACAGUCUCCACCUUUUUCUUACUCAAAGCUUUAGAGGCAAAGUAGUUUUGACCAAUGCUUCCUCUGUCCAUUGCAGUGGAUUUUCAGCACGUCUGGCAUCGUCCUUUCUUUUAACCUGUGUCUUUUCAGCCUGUUUUCAUUUGAGCAGAGAUUCUUGAUUUUCUCCUUGUUUUUUAUGUAACUGGGGCUUUGAGAGUUUCCUGACAGUUUGGGGUUUUUGCCUUGCAAGUUUCUUGUGUGUGCUCUCCUCAUCUUUACUCUGGCACGUGACAUUUCUCAGUGCUGGAGAACUCUGAGUUUACAGCCCUGCCCAUAGAAUGAGAUAACAUUCCACUCCCCAUGGCCACUCAGUGACAUGAGGCAGCUGGCCAGUGUGAUUUUUAUUGCAUGCUUUGUCCAUGUUUGGCACAGCCAGAGGCACUGGACUGGACUGGAGAGGAGGAAGCGUGGAGCUGUGAACCCAGAAACUCCCAUUUCUUGACUCCAGCUCUACGAGUGACUUGCCCCAAAGCCUUUCCCCAGGUCUUUCCACUCCUCCACUUUCUUCCUCUGUAGAUGAGGAUAUUAUCUCUAAUCCUUACAACACCCCUGUUGAGGUAACUAACUGUACAGCACUAAGUGCUACCUUAUUUUUUCACUGCUAACCUCUUUGAGGUCAGGGUCAGUUUGUUCUUCCAGGCUGACAGGUGAUGGUUUGGUUGUUGUGGGAAGCUGUGACAUCUCUGUGGUGGUCGCUUGGGAUCUUCCACACCACUUCAAACACAGCAGCAUCCCCUCAGAGAACUGGGGUGGGAGGCACUGAAUUGGCAGGUUCAGACUUGGAGGCGUUUCCAUAACUGUUGAACCAAGAGUUGGGUCCUAAACAGCAGAGACUGUGCCAGUUUGUCUUUGCAGCUUAUCCAGCUGCAGGAAGGCAAAUCAUUUUGUGCUGUGCUCCCUCAGCUCCCAGGCUGGGAGCUGCAGUGAGGAAAAAACAGGAAUUCUUCACCCUCUCAACUAAAUCUUUUGUAUGUCUUCCUGUCCCUGAGUUAUCCCCUGAGCAAAGGCCACGGGGCCAGGUGAUUCCAAGUCCUGCUUCGUUAAAGUUUGCACUGCGUUUCGGAUUUGAAAUCAAUGUAAUUAAGAUGUGUCAUAAUUAACUGUCCUAAAGACAAGGUUGUAUGGAAAAAAACCCAAACCAAGAUAACAUUUUAGCCCUAGAUGCAGUUUUUCUUUCGUUGCUGUCGAGCUGUUUGCCAUUGUCAGCCUCAGAGCACAGCGCUGUGUAAUUAUGUAUAAAGGUUUUAUUUAUUUAAAGCUAGAUUAGAGGUAUGUUUUUAACAUCUGGCUGGACAGUGUUUCCAUUAACACAUCCAUUGUGUUUCCUUUGUCUUGUGUUAAUAAAUAUUGAUGCCU